AUCCUCGCUGCGCAUUCCGUCAUUAGCUUUUUUUCCUUUGACGGCGGCGGACGCUUUCUUUUCGCGCCGGUCCGCGCAUCAUUAGUUGAAAUUCUUCCGCACGCUUGUCUCGCAACCACCGAAAAGUUUAUACAUCCCAUACCAAUACAUACAAAUAUAAAACAACCGGAAAUAAGAUGUUAAAAACCUAGUGAAACGAAGCACUUCUGUGUAGCAGCACCGCAAUCUAACGGGACUUGCCGUUCUUCUUCGAAAAGCUACUCUGCUUUUUUCUUUAUAAUUUAGCCUAGAACGUUUUCGAAUAAUUUGCAUGAAACACAAAUCGAGUAUAAGUUCAACCAUUGCCAAUCAACAAUAACAAUAUUCGCAAAGUUCCCAAAAACGGUUAUGCAUUAAAGUCUGCAGCCGAAAAGGGAAAAUAGCUUGACAUAAAAUUUACAGUUACGUGGGAUUUACAAGCGAGGACGAGACGCACACAGACAACUCACACAGUCAAAGACCCACUCCCAUGCAAACACAUACAUACACACACACAUACUUCAUCGCACAGCUUGGCUUCGUUUUGGGGGCGAGAGUGGAGUCCUUGAGGCAAGCAUCCAUCGUUGGGCAGGCUUACGAACCACCCCAACUCGGGUGCGUCGGUACUCGGCCUGAACUGAACUGAACGGCAAAAAAUAACCGUCAACAAAAAACAAACAAACACAGGCGUUGCGUUUGUGUGUGUCCGUGUUCGUAUCCGUGUGUGACCGCCGUAUAGGUUUACCGUUGGGUCCGCCUUUUAUCUCGCUCGCACAAUAAGUGGAGGCGUAAAGGAAGGAUAUUAUGAGGCAGCAGACAACGUUGGCCGCCUUUGCGAAUAAGUUACGUCAGCAACUAGAAUCCGUCCAUUUCGACUAAGACUACGGGUCAGAACGAUGUUCGGGUCCAAGCUGCGCUCAUGGAUGGAGACGCACAUUGUGCGUCCCCGCAAGAAGGGCAGCAAACACAAGCAGGCCGCCGCGGAGGCGGGCAGCUCCAUUUCCGGGCAUGGGAACGGAAAAAAGGCAGGCACCCUUCCGUCGCAAGGAAGCAACCUCACCAGUCCGGUGCUGACUAGCAGCGGGAGCCACAGCAUCGCCAGUCCUGUCCGAAGGCGCGAAGUGUCUCCCAUUCAGUGCCACCCCCCAAGUCGUCGCUAUGGCUGGCAAUCCCCAGAUGACGACUCGUACGUCAUCACAUCGCCCAAGUCGGACAACCUGCUGUACGCCACGAACUGCUAUCAGACGCACCAGGAGCCCCUGCAGGCACAACAGCCAUCACACAACUUAAGCGUGCCAAACAGCAAGGAUUGCUUUGGAGCCGACAAGUCGCCUAUCCGUGUUAACUGCUCCUCGUCAUCCAUAUCGUCAUUGUCUUGGUCUACCGGCUCUAAGGAGCCCUCUUCCGGCAAGCAGACCACCUUUAGGGAGCAACCAUCCAAUGGGGAUUAUCACAUUCCUCCCGAGGAGGAGGUGGAGUACGAAGAGGUGGGCGCUCUGCUGCUCCGCCCUCCGGCUCCCAUGGCGCAUCACCAGCGGCCACAGUCCGAGAACCUAGGCGCCAUGCGGCUGAUCUACGAGGAAGAACCAGUCAGGCAAGGCAGCAACCAUGUGCGUUAUGGCCGCCUGUUGCCCUCAAAGCUGGCGCCGGCUCAACUGGGCAGCGAGUCUCUGGACAAUUUGUCCAGUACUCCGCCCAUACCACCUGCUCCGCCAGGAGGGUCGCGGAUGCGAGUUCCCCGAGGGGUGCAGCGCAGCAACUUUAUGCCAGGCCCACGACCACACAGCCUGCCGUCGCCAGAGAGCGCCUACUCCACGGGCUACUCCACUGACGGCACUUCGCCGUGCGCUGCCAGCAAUUGCAACCCGCCUGAGUACUACAUCAACAUGCGCUCGGGCACCCACUACUUUCCCAAGAGUGUCAACUCGCUGGCCAUCGAGGCCCAGCGCUACAAGUUCGGCUUGAACCGCAUCGAAGAGAUGUCGCCAAUGGAUCCUCUGCCCAAGAGCAACUUUGGCCUAGAGUCGUCGCCCAGUCCGCUGGCCCUGCGCCAGCAACCGAAGCUUUUUGAAUCUCCCUCGCCGAGACAGCGCUGUCGCAUAAGGACCAAUCCCUGGUACAACACGGGCGAGCACUUGCCAGCCUCGUCGGGCCCCACGCGCUUGGAGCAGGAUGCAACCAGCACCACCUCCACCACUUCGUCGGGCAUUAAGUCGAGCAAUGAGCUGGAAGUUCCGGCAGCGGCGGCCAAAACAACAGUAAACAAAGCAACCCCCAGCGGCAGGGGCACUCCCAGCAAGUCGCCCCGUGUGGGUGCGGACAUUGCUGGCGGUGGGGUUGGAGCUGGUGGUGUUGUUGCACCUGGAACAGGAGUCGCUUACGAGUCCGAGGGCUCUUCGUCGUCGACUGAAGUGGAAAAUCUGCAUGCCCCGCACACCAUAAAGCGACUUCACUUGGAACAAGGGGAGACGACAACAACUUCAGCUCCUGUGGCAGCUGGUGGCGGAACAGGGGCCACCACCACCUCCUUUGUGCUUAGCGACGACGAGGCGACCCUCAACGAGAUGAUUGGGAAGUUUGACGAGAGCUACAUCUACGAGAAGGAGACUGACAUCCUCAGCAGUGACUCGGAUCCCACUGACUGUUGCGCUUCGGAGCUUGACACUGGACAGGAUGCGGGCGAUGAGUGCGACACCGACGAGCUGUUGGACAUUGAUUUUAUAGACACAUCAUCCAUGCAAGAGGUGGUGCUCGAUCGGCAGGAUCUGACACGCAAUCUUGGUAGCUGCCACUAUUAUUCCCACCAGCCCAUGAGCCCCAUGUUGAAGCGAAAGUCGUCAACACGCUCGCGGCGCAAGAGUGGCCAGGAGGCAAUCGAUGGCUCUCAGCAGCGACGACGCAAGCGGUUCCUAAAGACGCGCAAGAAGAGCUGCGAGAACCGUGAAAAACAGCCAUUCUUGCCUCUAAGUGAGCCUCGUGGAACUCGCAGCGUGGGAGGGACGCCCGUCUGCUUGCGUCGUAAUCUUCUGGGCCCCAGGGAAAGGAUUUACAAGACUUCGCCACUGUCGAAUCGGUCCAAUUCACUAAUCUUCGGCAGCGUCAAUAAAAAGAAUUCUCUCACCAUCGCAGAGAGCGAGAAAGCUCUGCUCAAAGCGGACAUGGAGGCUGAUAUGAAAUACAAGCAGCUUAUAAUGGAGGCAGAGUCGCUGCUGGAGUCAAUGAAGAACAGCCUGCAGAGCAUUCCCAGGGACACACCCGUUGCCAGUCCGAGGCGCUUGAAUCCAUUGGCUAACAAACGCGUGGAGAUGCUCAAGCACAGUGAGGUAGACUCUAAGAAGCAGGCUCCUCCCUCUAACAACACUCCACUGGAGAAUGAACUGGCUGCCGCGAUCAAUAAACGAAUUGAGAUGCUGAAGUUUGAGACUUCGUCUGCUGCCUCGCCUCCCAAUAGUCCUAAGCUGAGUCGCUGCAGUCCUCGCAAGACGCACCUAACCAACUUCAUGAACCAGAACGCUCCGCCGGAGCUGCCGCCACGCAAGAUGAACAACGGCAAUGUGCCAAAGGCUCCGCUCUCCCCUCAGUUGCAGCUAAAUGGCAGGCGUUUACAGGAGAGCCCUAAGGGAAAGCGACGCACCAUGAUGCUGACAUCGACCACCACAACUACAGUGAUAAGCUUCAACGGCAGCGACUCGGAGAUGGAGUGCACUGUGGCUCUGGAGGAUGUUGGCAAUCACAACUACUUGCAGGAUCAGCCGAGGGCGAAAGUCAAGCUGGAUACCCAUCUCCAGAAUCAGGUGCAUUCUGAGUCCUUGAUUAACAAUAAUUUCUAUUGUCCGCACAGCGAGCCACUGAAGCGCAAGGUGUACAAGGGGAGCUCCUCUUUCGAGCGGAUUAAGAAGAACUUUGACUUGGAGUUUGAGGCAAACGGACGGAGCAAGUCGAACGAGCGUUCGCAACUUCAGCUCUUAACUUCUGUUUCAGCAAAAAGCUCAAUGCAUGACGUGACACUGGACGAGGCCAAGGAACAGGCAGCAAAGGGAGGCGGCAGCAAGCAACAACUCAUACUGAACACUAUUGUGGAUCUGAAGCGGAGCUUGGAGCAUCAGAGCCAUCAGCUGAGUGGGCUGAACGGUGAAUAGAACUGAGUGAACUGACUAGUAGGGUUAAGAUCAUCAUCGUCACACGUAACCAUCAUACAUAAUCUAGACCGUAAUGAUAACUAAGUUAAACCAAGUCCAACCGAAUCCCUCAGACUAGACACGUCAACUGAGCGCAAUAACUUUCUAGCUGAUAAGAGAAGACGACUAUUUACAUUGAUGGUAACACUAGACGAGUGUCGUAAUAGGAACUAUGGACUGGAGCAGAAAGUUAUUACUUAUUACAAAAAAUCUGUAGAAUUUGUAGCGAAUUGUUUUUCAUGUUGAUUUCUCGUUUCCGUUGCUUGAUAUAUCAUAGCUCUUAUUUCAAACACAUCAGCUAAAGUAUUAGUAAUUGUUUAGUUUUUUUCCUAUAUACUAUAUAUACUAUAACCUUUCGUUCUCACUUAAAAUGGAUGUGCCAAGCGGAGAAUGUGUUUAGAACACCGACUCCCUGGCCUACCCGGCGUAACUAUUCAAUAUACUAACCACCCCUAGCUUGAAUAUGUUGCUCCUAGUCAAUAACUCGUAAUACUCCUUAGUUCGAUGUCGAAAUUUCUCUCUUUCCGAUGCAUAUCUACGCGUACACUUAGAGAACUCAACUCAACUUAUGGUAGAACCUUUCACACUUAAUCACCAUCAGCAUUAUCGCCGAGCAUUCGGAAGUAUAGUCCUUUAAGUAAAACAUAUUAUCCAUCCAA